GUCGCCGCCGACUCCCACCCCCAAAAGCCCCAAACCGCACACCCGCAGCAAACAGCAGCGCCCGGCGGCCGGCGGCCUGCGAGAGUAAUCCAAGAUGUGCGGCAGGGCCAGGUGUACCCUCAGCGCGGCCCAGGCAGCCAGGGCCUUUGGCUUCCCGACCACCACCUCCUCCACCGCCGCCGGCCGAGGCGGCGGCGACGGAGGAGGAGACGCCCCCGCCGUACGGACGCUCCAGAUGGACCGGUUCCGGCCGUCGUACAACGUGACGCCGGGGGCGUACCUGCCGGUGGGGACUCUGCGAGCGCCGGCGGCGGGAGACGAAGGAGGAGGUGGAGGUGCGGAGGAGCGAGGCCCGGUUAUCCAGUGCAUGAAGUGGGGGCUCGUCCCCAGCUUCUCAAGCAAGACCGACAAGCCCGACCAUUUCAGGAUGUUCAAUGCCAGAUCAGAAUCUAUAAAGGAAAAGGCUUCAUUUAGGCGACUUAUCCCCAAGAAUAGGUGCCUUGUUGCAGUAGAAGGGUUCUAUGAGUGGAAAAAGGAUGGAUCCAAAAAGCAACCAUAUUACAUUCAUUUCCGGGAUGAGAGACCUCUUGUGUUUGCUGCCCUCUUUGACACCUGGACAAACUCAGAAGGAGAGACCCUCCAUACAUUUACUAUUUUGACUACUCAUGUUUCUACUUCUUUGAAAUGGCUUCAUGAUAGAAUGCCGGUAAUCUUGGGCGAUGAAGACUCUGCUAAUGCUUGGUUGAACAAUAGCUCCGUGAAGCUGGAAGAAAUAACUGUACCCUAUGAAGGAACUGAUUUAGUUUGGUAUCCAGUGACAACUGCAAUGGGUAAAACAUCAUUUCAGGGUCCUGGUUGCAUCAAAGAGGUGAAAAUAGGACCCAGUGAAAAGCCAAUUUCAAAUUUCUUCACCAAGAAAGCAGCCGCAUCAGUGAAGCCGGAGAAGGCAUCGGGAGAGUUUACAGGAACAGAAUCCUUCAAGACCGCGAAAGAGGAGUGUGAUGAUGAUUCUGGUGAAACCCCACUGAACAAAACAGAGCUGGCACACCAGGCUUCUUCAGAGAAGCAACGUGCUUCAAGUGCAGUAGUUAAGAACGAACCCGCCACUUUGGAUCCGCAAGAUUUCUAUAAAGCUGAUGAAGGUAUUAAGAAAGAAGAUGGGAUGUUGCCUGAUGAUCCUUUCGGCAUCAAGAGGAAGAUAGAGGAUGCCGGAGUCGAGGUGGAGACGGAGAUGGAGAAGAGCGGGAGAUCGCCAGUCACCCCUGCGAGGAAAAAGGAGAAGGGCCCGAAGGAUGGGCAAGCGUCGCUGUUUUCCUACUUUGCAAAGAAGUAGAGUAGCUUCUCAGGUAGUCUAGCUUUCUGCACUUGUGGUAUGUAUCAGCUGUUCAGCAGUUAGCUGUAACAGAACCUUAUCUAGUGUAGUAUCGUAGUUCUCUUUAGUGCUGCAAAUGUUACUGUACUAUGCAGUGUCGGGUAUGUGUCUCCUAUGGAUGUUAAAACCCUACUCAAACGACGCAACAUCUACCUCCUAUUUGUAUUUGUCCUUAGAGCAGUUCUAACAAACGCGAGCUGCUGUGGCUAA